AUAACAUAAAAUUUUGAUUUUUUUUGUUCUAUUUGUAAUUGCAAUGGGUGAUGGUGAAAGCGAGACAUUCGAAUUCAAGGUUGAGUCACUGAGCGUUAUAAACAACAAUUUCCAUUUAAACAAAGAAACUUUCUUUCAUGAACUUAUCAACAAUGCUUUCAAGGCUUUGGACAAAAUUCGAUAUGAGAGGCAAACUGAGUUAGAAGCUCAAUUCAUUAGAUUGGUCCCUCAUAAGGUUAACAAAACACUUUCCAUUAUUGAUAAUGGCAUUGGCAUGACCAAAACAGAUUUGGUUCACAAUUUGGGAAGGUCUAGUCAAUUAGGCGUUGGUUUCUACUCCGCUUUCUUGGUUGCUAACAAGGUCAUGGUCACCACCAAUCAUAACCACCAUGACCAAUACACUUGGGAAUCUCAAGGUGGUGCCUCAUUCAUUGUUACCAAGGACUCUAGUGGCCAACAACUCAGGAAGGGAACCAAAAUCACCCUCUUUCUUAAGGAGGACCAGUUGGAGUACUUGGAAGAGACCAGGAUUAAGGACCUUGUCAAGAAACACUUUCAAUUCACUAGUUAUCCCAUUUACCUUUGGACUGAGAAAGAAACACACCCCUAG